GGCCAGUCUCAGGAGAGCAGAGCUAUGUGCAUUUAGGGGGUUCUGUCUUUCUGGGCAACAGCACCAGUCUGAUGCUGGUUGGGCCUUUGUUUCAGGCCCAGCUUCUGCCUCCUGAGACCUAUUUCCUGAACCUUGCACCUACCCUCUCUUUCUGUGUACAGCCCAUGUUGGGAGGCUGUGGGGAUGUGGGGUGGGGGGGAACCCUUGUCCACCACCAGGAGGAACGUGUUGUAAGGGUUGGGCAGAGAGCCCUGAGGCGGGUGCCCAACUUCUAAUCUCCCACCACCAACUUCACAGGCUGGGGCAAGAAAAGCCACCUCUUUGAAAAUGUGGUGGUUGGGACAGGGUGGCAGGGAAAGGUGGUGAGAGGGACAGAGCUGCAGCUUGUUGCCAGAUCGAGGCUAGCUUUUUAUGUGUGCAAAACUCAGCUCUGGCUCUGGGUUCUUCAGGCCCCUCCUCAGCAGACAGGCUUCCCCAUUCCCCUCAAGUCAGGGAAUGGAAGCUGUACAAGUGAUCUUGGCAGCUUACUUCUCAACAAGACCUGUGACUGUGCCAGGAUAGCCUUCAGCUAAGCAAUCUUUGGUAUGAAGGACUGAGGGUGGCUGGAGAGGCUGUAACCCUCAGGGCCAUCACGGGGAAGACAAGAGGUCCAGCCUCCUGGAAAUCCAGGAGGGUUAAAAGAGUUAACUCUGAUACGGGCACAGAGUAAAGCACUGCAGAUGGUGAGUGUCCCUCUCCUUCCUUCAUCUCUCCUCUCUUCUUUUCUUCCCCCUUCUCCAUCUUUCCCACACACACACCUAGGCAGAGGAGUAGCUCUGCCCAGGCUGGGUGUCUAUCCCUGCUUCCCCUCCUCCAAGAGGGGGAGAGGUGGUGCUCUGCAGCUGACCCAGCACAGAGUCACCUCUGAGUCCUACCUCACUGCAUGACAAAAUCACCUGAGUGCUGGACCCCACACUCAGAACCUAUUGUUGGGCAUGGGUCUUGUGAUAUACUGAUGCGGUUGGGCCCCACAGGCAAUGAGGAAUGACUGGUGAGGCCCCUAGCCCUGCAGCAAGGAGCUGGAGCCAGAGCUUGUCCUAGAGCACUCGCUCACUCCAGGCCAAGCUCAGUUUACAGAUAAGGAGACAAGGCUCAGAGAGGUUAAUUAACUUACCCAAAGUCACACAGCCACUGAGGGGUUAACUACAAAACCCAGGAGGGCUCCUCCAAGCUCACAGUGCCUUCUCUGAAUCCUAGAACACCUCCCCCAAGAACCCAAGGGAAAGGGCAAGGCUGGCCUAUGGCUUCUUGAGUGGCAUAGGGCCCGUAGGGAUAGCUCUAGGCAAAGAAACCUGGAAGGAUGAAACUCCACCUUACAGGGAGGCUGCGGCAGGGACUGGUGCGGGUGGGGUUGUACCCCGAGAAUGUAUAGAGCUGCUGCUGCUCCUAGGUAGCUGCCCACUCUCCCUCUCUGUAUCUUUUCCUAAAAGAGGUUUGGGGCCCACUCCCGGUGUCAGGUUUCUGGCUCCGCACCACAGCUGUUGCCCCCAUCCCCAGGGGCCGCUGCUUUCCAGGGCUGGAGGAUCUGAUCCUUCACAGCCCCACCUCCAUACCCUAGGGGAUAGGCCCUCUGGCUCAAAGCAUCCCUCUUCCAAACACUAGGCCUCUAGCAAGCUCAGGUCCAUACUUCAUCCUGGAGGGGAAAGGAAAGGAGUUACUCAGAAAACUGCCUGGGGAAAUAUCCCCCAAAACAAAUGAACUCCUCAAAACAAGAGGGAGGGCCUGGAGGUUACUUUGGAAGAUCCUCCCCCACCCUGAAGUGGGAGAUGAAGCAUACACUCACUCCUAUUGAACAUCUAAGUUCAGGGUUCCCUCCCCCAUAUUCAGAAUCUCACUUCCCAGGCACUCCUGCCCCUCCUUCUUUCUCAGCUCUGUCUGCCAUGGGCACAGGACCACACGCACACAUUUUCGUCCCCCACUUGGCAGAUUAAACAAAGCAGGCCAUGUUGAUACAGGAAGGUUUCCUGGCCCAUCUCAAUAAGCAAUAAGGCCCAAAAGAAGGUGCCAGCAAAUGGGCCCAACUCUGGGGCCAGACCUACUGUGUGGUUUCAUAGCUAGGGAACUCUGGGCAGGUCAUCCCCACUCUGGCUUCAGUUUCCCCAUGUGUGCAAUUCACAUGGUCAGAGGUAGCCUUCAUAAAAUGAACCAGGAUUACAGGAAGGGACAGGACAAGAGAAUGAGGAACACACACGUGCAGGGAGCAUCUCUAGGAAAGGUACCACCUUCUGUCUAUUACAGAGGCUUCCAAUGGUCUCCCCUCUGGCCCAUUGGUCCUAUGCCCAUGUGGAAGCAGAGAGGUCCCCAAACACAGUCCCAGCCACCUAUCAUCAUGGCAUAUAGUGGGAAGAUGCAGAUAUGAGGCUGGGAGGGAAUGUCCACAAGGGUUCUGGGAAGCCUUCCUGGGGAAGGACAUGGAAGGAAGAAAUGAAUCUGUUUAGACAAUAGACCAUGAUAUGGGAAGAGAAUUCCUGGCAGAGAGGACUGUGAACAAGGGCACAGAGAUAUGAGAGUGCAAAUGGGUAGGAAAUGCAUACCAUAGUUACUGGCUGAAGCCCUAGGUGAAUUAACACUUACUGAGCCAGGCACUGUUCUAGGCCCUGGAGAUACACCACUCAACAAACAGUUGUUCUCAUGAGAGACGGUGUGGUGGAGUGACUAUAAGCUUGGGCUUGGGAGCCACACUGCCUAGGGUUGUACCAAUACUGGUGUCAUCUUAAGAAAGGUACUUAACCUCUGUGAACUUCAGAUUUCUUAUGUGUAAAAUAGGUAAUAGCUAACCUAGUAUGUUUAUGUGUCGAUAAACUGCGGUGAUGCAUUUAAGGUGCCCAGAACAGUGCCUGGUUCUUCAGGAGUUGGGUGGUGAUAUUACAAAAAGGCUGGGCUUCCCCAUCUCCGCCCCCACUGCCCAAGGCGGCAAGACUAAGCAGCAGCGCCCCCUCUUGGCUACCGAUAGAAAGAAGGGCGUCCUCCCAUACUCAGAGAUCCUCCCUGCCCUCUUCCUCUCGACGUACCGGGAACCCCCAGGAAUUACUCCAACAGCUCGGGUUCACCAAGCGCUACUCCUGUGGCCGUCUCUGAGUGCGCACAUUACUGCGCCGGUAAAUUAGAUCGUCACUUCCAAUUCUCAAACAACUCUGAAGCAGACACGGUUUGUUUCCACUCCACCUAAGGGUAAAGUGACCCUCCCGGAAGGAUCGAAUCCCUUGUCUCAUACCACUCCGCGAGAGAGCGACGGGAUGUGAAGGCAGGCAACCCCAGCCUCUACUCGGUCCCCGGGGAGCCCGCCCCAUUCACUGCGGCGUGUGCGCGCCGCUGUGCGAGCCCUUUCUCUGUGCGAAUGCGCGCCCCGAGACAAGCUCCGGGGUACCAGGAACGCGGCCCAAGGGCCGAGGAAGGAAGGGUGGCCUGGCGGACUCGCGGGCGGGGCUUGUGCUCGGCCCCGGCCCCUCCCACCGGCCCCUCCCGCUGGGCUGAGGGUGGGAGGAGGCGGCAGCGCUGGGCGCGGGGACUCGGCGGGCAGCGAGGAGCUCAGAACCAGAGCCAGACGCCGCCGCCGCUACCGCCACCUGCGCGGCCGUCAUCAAGAUGUCAUGGCACCCCCAGUACCGGAGCUCCAAGUUCCGCCAUGUCUUUGGCAAGCCAGCCUCCAAGGAGAACUGCUACGACUCUGUGCCCAUCACCCGCAGCGUCCAUGACAAUCAUUUCUGCGCUGUGAAUCCUCACUUCAUUGCGGUUGUGACUGAGUGUGCUGGUGGGGGGGCCUUCCUUGUCAUCCCCUUGCACCAGACAGGAAAGUUGGACCCCCACUACCCGAAGGUCUGCGGACACAGAGGGAACGUCUUAGACGUCAAGUGGAAUCCUUUUGAUGAUUUUGAGAUCGCCUCCUGUUCAGAAGAUGCCACGAUUAAAAUCUGGGACAUCCCCAAGCAGCUGAUGACAAAGAACCUCACAGUCUGCAAGAAGGAGCUGGUUGGCCACGCCCGCAGAGUGGGCCUGGUGGAGUGGCACCCCACAGCCGCCAACAUCCUCUUCAGCUCCGGCUAUGACUACAAGGUGAUGGUCUGGAACCUGGAUACAAAGGAGUCUGUAAUCAUGAGCCCCGUGAGGACCAUUACCUGUCACCAAGACGUGAUCCUCUCCAUGUCCUUCAACACCAACGGCAGCCUGCUGGCCACUGCCUGUAAAGACCGCAAGAUUCGGGUUCUCGACCCCCGAGCAGGGGCUGUGCUUCAGGAAGCCAGUUACAAGGGGCACCGGGCCAACAAAGUGCUGUUUCUGGGGAACCUGAAGAAGCUGCUGUCCACGGGCACAUCCCGAUGGAACAACCGGCAGAUGGCCCUGUGGGACCAGGACAACCUCUCUGUGCCUCUCACGGAGGAGGACCUGGAUGGCUCCUCAGGUGUGCUGUUUCCCUUCUAUGACCCGGACACCAACAUGCUCUACGUGGUGGGGAAGGGAGACGGAAACAUCCGCUAUUAUGAGGUGAGCGCUGACAAACCGCACCUGAACUAUCUGACCGAAUACCGCUCCUAUAACCCACAGAAGGGGAUAGGUGUUAUGCCAAAGAGAGGUCUCGAAGUGUCCUCCUGCGAGAUCUUCCGCUUCUACAAGCUGAUUACAACCAAAAGCCUCAUUGAGCCCAUAUCCAUGAUUGUACCCCGACGGUCAGAAUCCUACCAAGAGGACAUCUACCCACCCACGCCAGGUGCCCAGCCCUCUAUGACGGCCCAGGAGUGGCUCAGUGGAAUAAAUAAAGGGCCAGUCCUGAUGUCCCUUAGGCCUGGCUCCGAGCUGCUGAGCCCCCGGCUUCUGCCCCCAGAGAGACCUCUCUCCAACUCCACAGCCCCCACCUCGCCUCGGCUCUUCAACCAGACAGAAAGGCUGGUUGCAGAAGAUGGCCAGAGGCCUUUCUCUCUGCUGGAGGAGAGGGCGCCAAAGUGGGCAACAGAACACAGGCUGGAGGAGAAGAAAAGUUGGCUCACAAAUGGCUUUGACAUCUUCGAAUGCCCCCCACCAAAGACAGAGAAUGAGCUGCUGCAGAUGUUCUAUCGGCAACAGGAGGAAAUCCGAAGGCUCCGAGAGCUGCUGACCCAGCGCGAGGUCCAGGCCAAACAAUUGGAACUGGAGAUCAAAAACUUGCGGAUGGGCUCAGAAAGGUUCUGAGCAGAGGCUUCUGCCCUCCUCCGCCCUCAGGGACACCACUUGGCUCCACGUGGAGGUCCGGAACCAAACCGCAGUUUCCCCGAGACCGCCACAAUUUCUAUAUUUUUUACCAGAAGCAAAACUCUUGGUCACUGAAAGAUUCCAGUGGGACCUGGUGCCGAUUUUCUAUUUGCCUUCUUGAAACAACAGUGUCUGAAUUGACUCUUCUUAGAUGAUGCCUUGCCUUCUGUUGAAUUGUUUUGAAGGGUCCAUGACAACUUCUCAAGUGGAAGAACACUGUAGAAAGUUAGAGCUGGAAGGACCUACGAGGUGAACCUGCCUGUGGAUUUCAAACUGAGGUCCAUCGCAAGGGGUGAAGGCUAUGUGAAAAGCUAGUGCCCUCGACCCGCAUUCCAACCAGACAGCUCCCCUCCUCUGUUUUAAAUAUUGACUUCCAUGGGCUAUGUAAUUCUGCUACUAAAAGAAAAAAAAAUUAGAGGUUUGAAACCCAGUGAUGUGGCCCAACUUCCUUAUUUUACAGGUAGGGAAACUGAGACCCAGAGAAAGGCAAGUUAUCAAGGUCCCCAGAGAGUUCAUGGCACAGCUGAGCUGAGCUCCUGGUCUCCUGGGUCUGUCUGUUUGCUGUUUAUGCUACAGCAGUUGUGCAAUUCUCAGCCCACGGGGCAGGAAUCUAUUGGUUCUGGCCUCAGCUGUGCCCCCAAGUUGCUCAGUGACCUCUUGCAAGUCACUUCCUCUCGGGUCUCACUUUCUUCAUCUAAACCAGGGGGCCCCAGGAAUGCACUGCUUUCUGUAGAAUCUGCCACCUGAGAUAAGAAACCUUGGCCAUGACUUGAGGAAAACUACAGGUAGGGUGAAUGAUCUGGGUUUGCUGCAGGGACUCAAAAGACUUUGACAAAGGGCAGAGGAAGUUUACUUUCAGGGAAGUAAGUCAAGGUUCAGCCUCAUCGUAGAACACAAACAGGAGGCCAUGCUUUUUUCACCAGAAUCAGCUACAUGUGGGUAGACACUAUUGCUCAUGUGGCGAUGCAGACAGCAGAGUGGUGCCCAGGACCACUGACAGCCACCACCAAAGUCCUCAGGGCACAGAGUCUGCCUCCUCCAGGACAAUGUAGGCAGAUGUCAGGUCAAAGUCACAGAAGAGAUCCCCAGGAGAUAGGGAGCCCCCAGCACCGGAAGUGUUCUAGCAGAACUGAAUGGCCGCCCACCCAUGAGGGCUGCUGGAGAGGGAUGACUGCACUGGGCAAGGAAGUGGGACCAGAUGAGCCUGACCUUCCCUUUCAGCCUGAGGGUUUUUCUGUGUCCCUCCUUUGUGAAUCGGUUUCUGAGCCCUGUCUCCACGGUCCUCUUUUACAACAGCCCAGUAGAGACUGGGACGUUAAAUGUGCCCCUCCUUACCAAGGAGCUGCAGACGAUGAGUUUUGCCCAUUGCACAGGGCGAUCCUGGAGCUAAGAUGGGGACUGCAGGAGGCCACCUAGCCCGGUAGGUUUCAAGUCAGGCUGUACAUUAGAAUUCCCUUGGGAGCAUUUAGGAAAUGCCAGGGUCCAGACCCAACCCCAGACCAAUUGAGGCCCAAGCUCCAGAGUAGGGCCUGGCCUUGUGUAUGUUUUUAUAAGUUCCCAGGUGAUUCUGCAGUUCGGUGAGGAUAGAGACUCACUGGGCUGGUCCUAUCUGCAGUAAAGAUGAGAACAAUGAGCACCAGACAGGAUUUGGGACUCCAACCCGAUCUUCUAAGUCGAGGCUGGAAGCUCCUAAAAAAAGUCAAGAAGCAUUGUCCUAGGUGUCUCGGACCCCCAGCUGCAACACAAUAAGGGCUCUGUGCUUCUGACUUCCCCCUCCCUUAGCCAUGGCUGAGUCCUCUUGUCUGCCCACACAUACCAGAUGCCCACGUUCCUUGUGUUUACUCAGUCACUAGGGGCCCGCCAAGCUUGCCAAAGGCUAAAUCCAAGAAUUGUAGGGAGCAGAGCUUCACUGGAGGGGGCUACCUCUCUCACCUCAUUUGUGGCCGGCACUUUAGAGUUUACAAGCCCUCCUACCCCCACUCACUGACACAUCCUACUCUCCUAUGAGUCAGCUAGGUAUUGGUAUCUCCAAGAUCAGAAGGGAAGACCUAGCCCCAGAGAAUGAAGAAUCAUCAAGCCCACAGUACUGGCUGCAAGGCAUGGAGGUAGGGCUAGUCUGAGAGCUUCCCGCAUGCCUCCUCUGCCCAGAGCCAUCCCUUCCUUCUCAAGCUCUCCCCAUCCCUAAGGGACCUAGACUUCAUGCUUGAAAGCAAUGCGAAGGCAUCCAAGAACAAACUUCUUUUUCUUGUUUUUUUUUUUUUUUACAUCUACAAUAAAUUAUUUAAAUUAUUUCACAGCAAGGGAGAGGGAUAGGUAAUUUUUAUCAGAUAUUUUUUUAAGCCAUUUUUUAAAAUUACAUUUUUGGUCUUGACUGAUGAAGUGGAACUCGCCCAGCCUUUGCGGGGCCCUCAGGCUCAGGGCAAGCAGAAUAUGUACUCAUCUCCUUACUCCAUGCCCUAAGAGCCCCCUGCCUGUUGACUCAGGACCUUUCUGAGAAUGAAGACAGCAUUGGGAGAUGAACUUUGGGGUGUAUCCACCUCAGCUCUACAAUCAUUGGGAUUGUAUCAUAGAGGGAAGCGGGAAGUCAGAAAUCGAUCUAUGCUUUUAAUAAGAAACCGUGCCUGAAACAGUUUGAUUGUUUUAAUGUUGUUUCUGAAAUUCCUUGUACCUUUGUAAAAAAAAAAAUAAAAGUGAAAAUAAAUAGAUGUGGAAUUGUGCAAUGGAAAGAAGGUAACAAAAUAAUAAACAACAUAUGCCUAGACAUUUUAA